AUGGAUUUCAGUGCAGUACCAUACGGCUGGUUCGACACUGGCGAUUUGGCUUGCGUUGAUGACGAGGGGUUCUUCUUCAUUUCCGGCCGCACGAAAGAAAUGAUAAAGGUCCGAGGAUGGCAGGUAAACCCUUACGAAAUCGAAGAGGCGCUUAAAGCCAAUGUUGUCGGAGUGAAGGACUGCGCAGUUGUAGGUGUCGAACACGAGGUGGAUGGUCAGCGGCCAAAAGCUUUCAUCGUUGGGCAACCCGAUAUCAAUGAAGUUAUCAACUUUGUAAAAGAAUCAUUCACGUCUUACAAACACCUGUGCGAUGUCCAAAUCGUAGACGAAAUCCCAAGGACACCAUCCGGGAAAAUUCUGCGCCAUGAACUCGUCAGCAACAAAUAA